CAGUAAAUGUAAACUGUGUCAGUCCAGUUUUCAGAGUUCAGUUCAGUUUAGUGUGGUUUAAUCUUCACUGCUGAAAGUCCAAACACCGAAGAGCAAAUCCAUCCAUGAAUAUACUUCAAGUGGAGGGCAGAAAUCUCCCAGAUUUGAUGAAGAAAAUGAACGAGAGGCAUUAGCCGCGUUUCCACUAUCGCGCCUAAAGCCAAUAGACUGAUUUCACGCGGCCGCCAUUAAAUACACGAAAGCGAGGCUACGGUGGGAAGAAAACCGGAAGUGUCGCCUGGAGUCACGCAGGAACGGCGUUUGCGAUGGCGUAUUGUUGUGUACCUGGCUGUGUAUCUUAUCAGCGAAGAGAAGAUGACAAAAUGUUAUCCUUUCACCGCUUUCCGAGUGACCCGAAGGUCCGUUCUGUAUGGAUAGCGAAAAUAAAAAGGGAUAUCGGACCUCAUUUUCAGAUUACAGACAACACGAGGGUGUGUUCCAAACAUUUUACACAGGACUGCAUUGUUUUAUCACUCACCGGAUUACGUAGGCUGAUGCAGGGAAGCGUCCCCACGGUGUUUACCUGGUGCCAUGAACCGAAGCCAAGGAGGACACUCAAGCGAAAUCAGGGUGUUUGUAAUGCUGAAACACUUAAGGAGGAAGAGGAUGUCCAUUUCGUACCUGUUCAGCACACCGGAGAACCAUCUAACACUGGCUUUGGAGUACUGCAAGACCACGAUUACCUGGAAACGCCCCCCUCUGUGGAAGACCAACUGAAUGCAGCACAAGCAGAAAUUGCUCGUCUGACAGAAGAAAAUGUCAAAUUAAGAGGUCAGCAAUUUUGUCUACAGCGAUUUCAGUGCGAUCCCAAAAUGAUAAUGUUCUACACUGGUUUUAAAGAUUAUGAGACGCUCAAUGCACUCUACCAGUCUCUUCAACCUACAGCUCAGUCUCUGGUGAGAUGGAGUCAAAUGCAAAGACUCAGUAAAAUGGAGCAGACUUUAACCAGUUUUCAUGCUCAAGACAUUUGUCUCUUUGACCAGUUUUUCUUGUUUCUCUGUCGUAUGAGGCAGGGUCUUCUCUCCGCAGACUUGGCUGUAAGGUUCAAUCUCUCAAAGGCCACAGUUAGCCGAAUAUGCAUAACAUGGGCUAAUUACCUUUAUUUUAUGCUUGGGACACUUCCAGUAUGGCCAAGUAGAGAGGCAGUAGAUGAGCUUAUGCCACCGUGUUUCAAGAACACUUUUCCUAAAACACGUGUUGUGCUUGAUUGUACCGAGAUCCAUAUUCAGACAGCAAGCUCAAAGGUUCUUAACACAGUGACAUACUCUCAUUACAAAGGCACCACCACAUUGAAAUCCCUGAUUGGCAUUACUCCUUUUGGGUCAGUUAGCUUUGUAAGCAAUCUUUACACUGGCUCCAUCUCUGACAAGGAAAUCACCAAGGAGUCAGGCAUUCUAAAACUCCUUGAGCCAGGUGAUGAAGUAAUGGCUGAUAAGGGCUUCCUUAUCAGGGAUCUCCUUGCUGAUAUUGAUGUCAGUCUUGUGACCCCAACUUUUUUGGGACCAAGUGGACAGUUAAGUAAAGAAGAGAUUGCACACACCCAAGAGAUUGCCCGUUUGAGGAUUCAUGUAGAGAGGGCCAUCAGACGCAUCAAAGAAUAUCACAUUUUUGAUGGUGUCCUACCACUUUCACUCUGUGGUUCUGUCAACCAGAUGUGGACUGUAUGUGCUCUUCUUACAAAUUUUCAAGGGCCACUGUUUUAAAGCAAGAUGUUGCAUUAAAACAGUGGCCCAUGAAAAUUUGUUACCAAAAAAAUUAAAACAUGUUGAAAAUUUGCAAAGCCUUAGGCAUGAUCCAAGAUGAAGAGGAGUUUGUUUCUUAAUCAGAGCAGAUUUAAGGAAAUGUAUCAUUGCAGAAGGUCAGUUGGUGAGGAAGUGUUGUUAUUUAAUGUUUCUCCAGAUGUUUUCUGAUUAAGAACCAAACUCGCCUAAAACUUUGUUUGCCUGAGGGUUAUCACAUUUUCACAAGUUUUCAUUUUGGGGAAAAUAUUUAUCUAAUCCCUGUUAUAUAAACUAGGUGGGUUGCACUGUAUGAUCCAGUUAAGUACAGUUAAAUAAAAUAUUAUGAACAGCAGCUACGCUAAUUGUCUUUUUCUUUUUGCUCUGUUUCAUCCCGAGGAAUCUAGAGAUUGUGCAGCUUCAGUUAUUCAGAUCUGAGACCCAUGAAGAGAUGAUGCCAAACCCAACAAGGAUUCGCAGAGAUGAUGCCAACCCUACGAGGACAACACAAACUCUUAAGCACCACACAAUAUACAUAAGUUUUACUCUGAUUGUGAUUUUUUUAAGUUUUUUUUUUUAAGUUUUCUGAUUUUGAUUGUAAAUUAUAAGUGACCUUGUUUAAAGCAGCUUUAGAAUGAUAAUUGCUAUGAAAAAAUGCUGUACAAAUGAGUUUGACUUAAAUGUUUUGGAAACUGUAUAGUAUCUU